CGCUACUCGGACAGGAGUCUCAGAGGACUGGAGGGACGUGCAGAGGAGGACUGCCCGCUUAUUUUGAAGAGGGAAAUUAGCUGCUAUGUUAGUCUGAAGAAACUGCGCACUGACAAGCCUCUAAAGCCGGACACAGAGCCACAUUGGAAUAGCUCAUUCAUUCAGGAGUGGAGGAAGGACUGCAGUUUUCCCAGAUGGAAGUUGAAUGUCUAGCACUGAAAGACCUCACAAGUCCCAGGAAAAGUCUCAGGGUGGAGCAGGAGGAGGAGGAUGGGGGCCAAAGUGAACACAAGGAAAACAUCUGCACAGAUUGGAGAAGAUCCACACCAGCCAAAUCUGCCGAUUCCACCUUUCCCGUUUUGCUAAUGACCAGAAAAGGUGCCACCCCUGACCUGGCCCACAUCACCCCCAUCAAACACACAGCCCUGGCCGAACCCUGGACGCCCACGGCCAAUCUGAAGAUGCUCAUCAGUGCCGCGAGCCCAGACAUCCGGGACAGAGAGAUGAAGAAGGUGCUGUUUAGACCCAUAGAGAAUGAGAAGGACAAGCCAGCGAGUCCAGAUACUGUGGUGGAGGAUACAGAGGUGGAGGACUCAUGUCAGUUUGAAGCUGUGGAGGAAGAGGAUGACACGGACAAAAAGCCAAGCAGGAAGCAGAAGAGCCUGGGUCUGCUGUGCCAGAAGUUCCUGGCCCUCUACCCUGACUACCCACCGCCACACAGCCCCAUCUGGAUCUCUCUGGAUGAGGUGGCGACCAAUCUUGGAGUGGAGCGGAGGCGGAUCUACGACAUCGUCAACGUGCUGGAGUCUCUAAUGAUCGUGGGUCGGAUUGCCAAGAACAGCUACACCUGGUAUGGUCGUCUGCGGCUGGAAGCCACGCUGGAGGAGCUGCAGAGGAGGGGUCGGCAGCAGGGCUACCACCUGCAGGUGGAUCUGGCCACUGAGGAGAGGGAGGCUGGACCGGGGCGCGAGGACGACGGAGCGGAAGGGGACGCUGGCAACGAGUCCUGGGCGACUGGCAACAGGAAAGACAAAUCUCUGCGCAUCAUGAGCCAGAAGUUUGUCAUGCUGUUCCUGGUGUCCAAAACGCAGACGGUGACUCUGGACGCAGCGGCAAAGAUCCUCAUCGAGGAGAGUCAGGACUCGUCAAGUCACAGCAAAUACAAAACUAAGGUGCGGCGACUGUACGACAUCGCGAAUGUGCUGACCAGCCUGGGCCUCAUAAAGAAGGUCCAUGUGCGUGAGGAGAGAGGCAGGAAGCCGGCCUUCAAGUGGCUUGGCCCCGUUGAAUUUAAAAACUCUGGAAGUGCUGCUGUAGAACAUACUGUGAAUCUGGCGGCUGCCGCUCUGCCUGAGGCCACACAGCCAGGCCAGGACCUCAGAAGAGCCAAGAUGGCACGGCAUGCCUCUUUCAACAUCACACCAACCUCUGCGGCUGUACAGCGGCUGGUCAACUCUGCACCCUGCAGUCCACGACGAGACAUUACGGGUCUGCCAAACCAGCCCGUGGAUUACUCCAGAAAGACAAGCAACAAUGCAGUGUGUCGACUGCAGUUUGGAGACAGCACUGAUAACCGUCCCACCAACAGCAGCAGCCCAUUAGCUCCGUCCUCCGCUCAUCCCACCCUGCUGGCACCUUCCCUCCACCCAGAGCACCUCUUUGCACCUUCCUCCUCUCCCCACUGCUUGGCCUACCUGCCCAGUCUGUCCCAGCCCUCGGUGGUCAUGCUGUACAGGGCGCCAGACAAGCCCGAGCAGAUGCCUGAGGGUCAGAGAUCGCCUCGGUUGGAGUCUGAGGAGGGGAGGAAAAGAAGGAGGGAAGAAAGGGAAGAGGAGGGGGCGGUGGUGAAGAAGAAGGGAACAUUUGGGUUAGAGGAAUGUGAAAAGAUGAGAGCUGAACCUCAAAGGGAAGCAGCAGAGUGUUCACAAACGCAUAACAGCGGGAUUUCCCCAAAUCAUCAGGUGCCCGAUGAGAGUCAAGGUGCCAGCAGCAGCGAGUCCACCCAACCAUCACACUACCUCUACGUACCCAACAACGCAGGUCUGAAUAGCUUCAACUUCCUCCUCUCUGCCGGCCAGCCACCAGCCAGUCUAGCACUUCCUCCCAGCAGUGUUCCCACCUUGGCGCUGCCCUACGUCCUGGUGCCCUCUGCAGCCCUCUCCCACUACCCCCUGGUGGCCAGCGGUUUACAGCAGCAAGGCUCCGACGCCCAUAACAAACUGAGCUUCAGCCUGCCUGCUGUGAUGUCACCUGCUCACUUCAUGGUGGGGGCGGCACCAUACGGCCUGGCAGCUGCCACAUCAGAGAUGAGCAGGUCCCCAGUUCCAUCGCCGUCCACUCCAGAACAGAACGGGCUGUACGGGUCAGCGACGGGCACUCCACAUUCUCCCUCAGGACCACGUCACACUGUCACCAUCAACACACAAGAACCACUGACCCCACAUACUCCAAAGGAAACCACACCAUCUGCCUCAAAGGCUUUCUUCCAGACCCCAGGCACGCUGGGAAGUGUAGUCAGCGCUGCGCCCGCUGCCCGAAAAAGAGGCUCUGCACAGAGGAGACUGGACGUCGGCCACCCACCAACCAGUUAGACGUGUGAGGGGACGGAAUAGGCGUCAACAUGCUGUUUUAACACUCAGGUGUUGAUCCUUGAAGUGAAAAAUGUGGUUUCAAACUAUUGGUGCUUUGUUUUAUUAAUUAUUAAAUUAAGGGUUUCCUGAAAAACCUAAGAACACAAAUUUUAGUUUGUUGAAACUUAAAUUAACUUCCCCAAAACACAAGGCAGCAAUGUAAAGAUUGCUAAUGACUGUACGUUUUUAACAAAUUGUGGUUUCCAUUGUUUGUUCGUGACAUUAACAGUUGAAAUGUGCCUCCUGGUUUAAUUAUAGGACACCAGUUUUCAGAGUGAAUGAAUGAAGCUGUAUUGCCAAUGUUACAGUGCCCUCCUGUGGUGGGAGUUGGCCGCUGCUGUAUUUUUUUUAUUUCAGCCUUAAUUUUCCCUCCCAGUGUGACCAUGCUGCCUAAUUCCCCAUCACUUGUGUAUUAAAGCCCAAUUGCUAUUUAUAUUUUAGCUAAUAUAUGUUGAUUACAGGGACUGUAAUUGAACAUUACCAUUGUGAGCACUAAGUACGUGACAGAAUGUCUGUCUAAUUUUCAACUGAUUGUCAUUUGUUGGCCCCUUCAGGUUUUGUUUCAUCACCAAGGUGUAAUAGGAAAUCUAUUAGCUGCUGAUCACCAGUUUACAUGGACAGUAGUGGACAAUCCUCUCUUGGCUCAUUUCAGAAAUUACUGUGAGGAGAAAAUCACUAACGCCUUCAAUGUUUACAGCCAGCCAAGAAUCUCAAGGAACAGUUCUUGGACUUCUUGUUGCAGGGCAGGUGCAUUUAUUUACUCAUCAGGAAGACUAAUGUUACUGGUGCUGUGUUUGUUUUCACUCAGUAGCUGCAACCAUAGUGCUUAAUGGUUAAACACCAACCCUGUAGCUUUGUUCCUGACUGACUGAAGGACAAUGUGAUUUUCAGGUACUUGAAUACUUGUGACUUUACUAGAAAUUGAUUUUGAAGAGAUAUCAGAGUACUGUAAAGAUAUUUUCUAUCCUUAAUUUAACCAGGGAGUCUCCCAGUAUGACCACAACCUGCUUUUGGCUGGUGCAGUUGGGGGUUAAGUGCCUUACUUAAAAGGCACGUUGCCAAGAGAAGAGAGUUGUUGCCUUAGUGCAGAUUUUCUCAGGUUGUCUAGAGACUUGUAUCAACAGUCCUCUAGUCACGAGCCCACUAACUUGCCUCCAGACAACAUGCUUUGCAUGGGAAUCAUUUAGGAGAGCUUAGCUAUGUCACACCAAAGGGUGCACAACUCAUCCACUCUGACUGAGCAGUGGAUGUGUCUUCGUUAUUGUACAGUUUUAUGUCAGUAAUUAUUUUUGUACAUUGUAUUCAUAGUGUCAUUCAUACCUUCACAUGCAGAAUGUUAAAUGCUGCUUGACUGUGUUUGAAAUAUUGAUUAUUGCACUGCUAGUUUUAGUAGUCGUGUCCUCUGAUCUAAUUUUCACAAAACCUGGAGCUGUUCCUUCACUGUAGCUCUGCUGUCUCUGUAGUUAUGAGCCAAACUGGUUCUCGUCUGUAUGACUUUCACAAACUUUAAUUAAAAAUGUAUGCCGCUGA